AUGGACCCCGCGAUACCCUCGGGCAGCGCUGUCGUGCCGCCUCUUCGUUCAGACGAGCCUCCGAGUCCAGAAUCCGAAGACGCCCUCAUGAUGCAAGCCAUGGGCUUCGCUGCCUUCGGUGGCGACGGCAGUCACCCUUCCAAGCGCCGCCGCUACAACCCUCGGACAGACAAUGCCGUCGUUGGCGUUCCCGAUUUUGAUGCUCCGACCGGCGCAAACGCCACGGCCGUCGCAGAGCGACAACAAGACGGGCUAAACGAAGACGAGAUUGGCCUUGACGAAGACGACGAUGAAGGGGCGCCGCUGGACCUGGGUGAUGCACCUGCCCUCGCGGGAGCGCAGGCACAAAUCGAGGAGAUGCUGGCACAGGAGGGCGGCAGUCACGCGACGUUACCAAGUCGACCAAAUCCGGCGUGGGGCUUACCGGGUGGCCGAGGUGGACGGGGGCAAGGCAGGCGGGGAGGGCAUCAGCAACAGGAAGACCGGGCAGAACCGGCAAACCCAUGGUGGGAUGGAUACUACGACGCCUGGUCAAACGAGAACCCGUGGAAAGCCCUGGAGGAGAAGGCCGGGCUCGCCUCAAAGGGAACGUGGAUCGCGAGAGGUGUCAAGAACGUCACAGUCUGA